AUGGCCACAGAAGUCCCUCUCAAUUAUGAAGCCUCGGCUGGAGCAACUCAUCUUCAAGUGGCAGACUGUCUACCUGCAGAAGUCGUACAAUGUCUGCAGAACGCCCGCUUUCUCCAUCUUGCAACCUGCACGAACCUCUUUCCCCACGUCUCCCUCAUGAACUACACCUACCUACCCUCUUCACCAUACAGCACCUCCCCGACAAUAGUAAUGACCACCAACCCCUCCUCCAAGAAAACCCUCAACCUCGUCUCCAACCCCAACGUCUCCCUCCUCGUCCACGACUGGGUCUCCCACCGCCCUCCCACAACCAGCAGCACCAACCGUCGCGGCUCCCGCAGCUCCCGGACAGGCUCUCCUCCGCCCGAAGCCUCGCGUUCCUCUCUCGCCUCCCUCCUCCUCAAUCUAAACACCAGCGCCAUGAGCAGCAUCUCCGCAACGAUAAACGGCACGGCAAAGGUGGUGGACAGAGGAACGGACGAGGAAGCGUAUUAUAAGGAGAUGCAUUUGGAGAAUAAUACUUUUAGUGAGGGGGCGGAGGGGGAGGGAACUUCAAACUUUUGGGGAGAGGCGCAGGAUGGGGGGAGAGAGAUGUAUAUUGAGGGGGAGGAGGUUAGGGUUGUGGUUGUGAAGAUUACAGAUGGGAGGGUUAGUGAUUGGAAGGGAGGUGUGAGGGAUUGGAGUCUUAGUGGGCUGGAGGGAGGAAAUGCUGGAGGUAGUUCAGCGGCGAGGAUGGUCAAUGGUGUUGUAUGAUGUUGGACAUUGAGACGAAAGACAUUCAAAUGGCUGUAGCUAUUGGGCUACUCCCCCAAUGAAUUUUAUAUGGAUAUGAAACAACGUGCAGUAGUUUGUACACGUCUCCUAUCUUAGGAUAAUAGACAUGGCAAAGCAGCGAGCAUCGGCUCUGCGCAGCGACUAUCUUUAUGCUCAGCACUUUCAACUAUGGGAACUCUCGCCAGGACGAAAUGCUUGGAAUGGGAGACUUCGCUUACCUUGCAGCUGACUCUACUCAUUAAUUUCUACUUUUUUUUUCUGUGAUGAAACAAUAAGCUUGUCCAGAAAUAUGAUCAAUUCAGACUACCUGAUAGUAAUCUUAGAAGUCAUAUGUACUUUUCCUCUUUGUUUGGUGACGCCAAGUCAAGGAAAAGUUAAAACAUAGUCAUUGAGAAGAGUUGAGUCUUCAAUGUAAAGAGCUUCUGGAGGAAAUUCGGCUAAAAAUAUCAACAUGACAAAAACC